CUGUACCAUUUGCCCCAAGGGGCGGGACUAGAGAUGGGGCUGAGACGUCACGUACUCCAUGGUAACGACGCUCGGCCCGAAGAUGGCGGCCGAGUGGGGUGGAGGAGCCGUCUCACCUGACUCAGGCCCCUGCCCUAGCCAGUGGCGCUGGAGCAGUUCUUUGUGGGUCCGAAGCGUUCUGCUCUUGGGCGGCCUCUGGGCAAGCGCCAUAUCUAUUCCUGUCUCCUUGGACAGUUCCCCUCCUUGCCGGCACCGCGUCCCCUCUGAGACUGAGGUCAUAAAUAAGGUUCAUCUUAAGGCAAAUCAUGUUGUAAAAAGAGAUGUUGAUGAACAUUUAAGAAUCAAGACUGUCUAUGAUAAAAGUAUUGAUGAGUUGCUCCCUGAGAAGAGAUACCUUGUAAAGAACAAACUUUUUCCACAAGCUAUUUCUUAUUUAGAGAAGACUUUUCAGGUUCGUAGACCCGCGGGCACUAUCUUACUUAGCAGACAACGUGCAACGAACCAACACCAGAAGGAAAAUGAUCCCCAUAGAUACUGUACUGGGGAAUUUGCAGAGCAUACAAAAUGUGGCCCAGUUAUAGUGCCUGAGGAACACCUGCAGAGAUGCAGGGUCUGCCGUGGGGGUAAGUGGUCCUGUUUAUCAGUGGGUGUGCAAGACCAAGAGGGCGUCCAGGAUGCAGACUUUGUUCUGUAUGUUGGUGCUCUGGCCACCGAGAGGUGCAGCCGUGAAAACAUCAUCUCUUAUGCAGCUUAUUGUCAGCAGGAAGCAAAAAUGGACAGGCCAAUAGCAGGAUAUGCUAACCUGUGUCCAAAUAUGAUCUCUACCCAGCCUCAGGAGUUUAUUGGGAUGCUGUCCACAGUAAAACAUGAGAUUAUUCAUGCCCUGGGUUUCUCUGCUGGCCUAUUUGCAUUCUACCAUGAUAAAGAUGGAAAUCCUCUAACUUCAAGAUUUGCAGAUGGUCUCCCACCUUUUAAUUAUAGUCUUGGAUUAUAUCAGUGGAGUGAUAAAGUAGUUCGAAAAGUGGAGAGAUUAUGGAAUGUUCGAGAUAAUAAGAUAGUUCCUCACACUGUGUAUCUUCUAGUCACACCUCGUGUUGUCGAUGAAGCACGAAAACAUUUUAACUGUCCAAUUCUGGAGGGAAUGGAACUGGAAAAUCAAGGUGGUAUGGGGACUGAGCUCAACCAUUGGGAAAAGCGGUUAUUAGAGAAUGAAGCAAUGACUGGUUCUCACACCCAGAACCGAGUCUUCUCUCGAAUCACUCUGGCAUUAAUGGAGGAUACUGGUUGGUAUAAGGCUAAUUACAGCAUGGCCGAGAAGUUAGACUGGGGCAGAGGAAUGGGCUGUGACUUUGUCAGAAAGAGCUGUAAGUUCUGGAUUGACCAGCAGAAACAAAAGAGGCAGACGCUGAGCCCUUUUUGUGACACGCUCAGAAGUAAUCCCUUACAGUUAACUUGCCGCCAAGACCAGAGAGCAGUUGCCGUGUGUAAUUUGCAGAAGUUUUCAAAACCUUUGCCUCAAGAGUACCAGUACUUCGAUAAACUAAGUGGAAUACCUACAGAAGAUUUGCCUUAUUAUGGUGGUUCAGUAGAAAUUGCUGACUACUGCCCUUUCAGUCAGGAAUUCAGUUGGCAUUUAAGUGGUGAAUAUCAGCGCAGCUCAGAUUGUAGGAUAUUGGAAAAUCAACCAGACCUUUUUAAAAACUAUGGUGCUGAAAAGUAUGGACCUCAUUCAGUUUGUCUAAUUCAGAAAUCCGCAUUUGUCAUGGAAAAGUGUGAGAGGAAGCUGAGUUACCCAGACUGGGGGAGUGGAUGUUAUCAGGUUUCUUGUUCUCCCCAAGGUCUGACAGUUUGGGUUCAGAACACUUCAUAUUUGUGUAGUCGGGCUGGGCAGGUCCUCCCGGUCAGUAUUCAGAUGAAUGGCUGGAUUCACGACGGUAACCUGCUCUGUCCAUCCUGUUGGGACUUCUGCGAGCUCUGUCCUCCAGAAACAGAUCCUCCAGCUGCUAACCUGACCCGAGCUCUACCACUGGAUCUCUGUUCCCGUUCCUCUAGCCUGGUGGUCACUCUCUGGCUUCUGCUGGGCAAUCUAUUUCCUCUGCUGGCAGGAUUUCUUCUAUGUGUCUGGCACUAGGAAUGGAAAAGUGAAUUCUCAAGACCUUCCUUUGUGUCAUGUUCUUUUGAACAAAGCACAAAAUCUGGGUGAGUGCCAGCCUAUGCAGAUGGUAGAAGUGGCAUCCCUGACUUUGGCUUGGAAGCAUUGACUACAAUCAGACCUUGAAGCAGAGCUUCACAGCAGUCACUCUUUAUCAGCAACACAACAGCCUCAGAGUUUGGAGGAGGAGAAGGAAUUCCAAGUCACCAUGUCUCUUUAUUUUUCUGCAUAUAUUACCCUGCCUGAAGUUUUCCUUUGAAAAUGGGAUAAUUGGUGAAAUACUCAGAAUGAUUACAUACCUCAGCAUUUUUAUUAACCUAAAAUGAUGGGAAAGUUCAUCAAUACUGCAGUAAUUUUUUUAAAAAGCUAAUUAUUACAAAAUUAUGAAUUGUGGAUCCUGUCCUCACAAGUAUAAAUUGUCCUUUGACUUACAGAUAAUAAUUGAAUAGGAUUUCUACGUCACUAUUAUAUGUAUUUUGAAUUUAAUAGCUGUGCAUGGUACACUUAAAUCAUUGUUCUCAUUGUUCUCAAAAGUUUUUUUUAAUUAUAAUUUGCUAAAUCUCAUGAUUUAACCUUGCUUGCCUUUUUAAACCAGCUGUGUGGCACUACUACUGAACCAUUACAUUUUGAUGCCCUUCCAGUGUAUACUCCAGUAAUUUAAUAAUGACCUGAAAAACUGUGGGAGCAGAGAGAGAAAAAUACUGUGUCCUGUAAAAACUUUGAAGACAUGCAAACAGAAGAAAACAUAACUGUAUGUUUUUCAGAUAAUAGUUAUGACAACUGUAAUCUAACACAAAUAGAAUUAUUCUUUUCAAGUGGGCUUAGAAAUUGUUACAGAAGAAUUCUUACUAUCUGAAAAUUAUAUAUA